AUGACUGUUGAAAGAAAUCCCAAAGACUCCAUGAAGUCCACCUGGCGCCAGAAGGAUCGCUCAGAGUGGACCAUUUUCCACUGGGCCUACGACAUCUUCGACAUCCACCCAGUAGAACUCAACAAGGCCGUGCCGGUGCAUGCAAAGACAGACAAAGUGCCGUACCUGACUGAUUGGCGCCAGCACCGGUGGAUUCUCGUCCACGCCUUUAUGCCCAUCGCGCUGCACCACCUGUACGUCCUAUACACGGGGCACAACCUCGCGGCCUGGCAGGCAGGACUUCUGUACAGCGUCGCCUUUAACCUCAACGCCAUCCGCGAGCUUCAUAUCCUGCGCGCACUCGGACACAAGUUCGGAUUCCUCGACGGCGACGUACACGAGCGCGACGGCGUGCCCGACGUCAGCGUCAGCAAAGUCCUGUACUCCCUGCUCCUGACGUCCUUUGUCAGGCCAGCAUUCACCGUCUUCAUCGGCUACGACACUCGCAAGCCGCCUGCCUCCAUGGCGCUCCUCUGGCUCCCAUUCGAGACGGGCUGCUACGGCAUUAUUCUCGACUUCUUCUUCUACUGGUACCACCGGCUGAUGCACCAAGUUGACGGGCUCUGGAAGUUCCAUCGCACCCACCACCUUACCAAGCACCCCAACCCGCUGCUGACGCUAUUCGCCGACCCAGAGCAAGAGAUAUUUGAUAUUGCUGGAAUACCACUAAUGACAUACUUUGCCAUGAGGAUAAUGGGCUUCCCGAUGGGCUUCUACGAGUGGUGGAUCUGCCACCAGUAUGUCGUCUUUGCCGAGUUGGCAGGGCAUAGUGGUGCACGCAUCGUUGCCACGCCGCCAAACAUGUUCAACUGGUUCCUGAGGGUGCUAGAUGCGGAGCUUAUCCUCGAGGAUCAUGAUUUGCACCACCGAAAGGGCUGGAAGAGCAGCGCCAACUAUGGGAAGCAGACGCGGCUCUGGGACAGAGCUUUCGGCACCUGUCGCGACCGCAUCGAAUGCGAGGAAAAUAACAUUGAUUACGAAAAUCAAGUUGAUUUUCCCAUCAUUUGA